GAGGAGCGCGUAGCUUUUUUGUGGGGUGUCAAUUUCACAUAUGAAGCCAGUUUUUUUUGAAAGGAGCCCUGUCGGUCCGAUGUAUGGAAGAAGCUUUUCAGGAUAAUGAUCGGACUGGAGAGGACACACAGCGUUGACUGCAAAUAACGCGCAAAUUUGACGCCAUUGCAUUGCGCGUCCAUUCGUCAUUCCCGGUGCGAAUCAUUCUUUCUUCUGAAUUGCAACAUUUAAGUAAAAAAAAAAAAAAAAAAAAAACCCAUUGUGAUCUUUAAAGUGUGUAUCUGAGCGGAAUGAGAGGAGGCGCAGGAGGAGGAGGAGAAAGAAGGGGCUGCUGUGCUUUUUGGGAGGUGGAAACGCUGGUCGGAACCCGGGAAGGUGUGCUGAUGUGCGGAUGCCUCUGAGUCUCCUGAGAAAUAAUCACGUCCGCACAAGAAAUGGCCUAGUUACAAACACCAGAGGAUACUAAAGGGACUUUAACUCGUUUACGACCGCCGUCAUCCUCGGAAAUGCGCUGCUUUUUUCUGAAGGUAUUGUUGGCCCCCUGACUGCAGCUUUGGACCAUCAAAAGAAGAAGACACAUGAGCCUCCUGGUUCAACUUGAGAAUGUUACCAAAACCUCCACAGCACCAUGUCACCCAAGGAAAACUAUUAACAAAAGUCCUCUUUUUGCCUUCGCUCCCCUCUAUGACUGUGAAUCUGUGAUCAUCAAGCUGAUGUCUUAUUAAGAUGACAAAAGGAGCUUUUAUUUUGGACAUGCUUUUUCCUCUCCACGCUGCCGGCCACCAAGGCUUUGGUGGGAAACGUCAACGUACCCCUGAAAGGAAUGCCAACCCCUGUCUGGUUUGGCUCCUGGGGAUCGUACUACACCUGACCCUCUCCUCGUGUCAGCGAGUUGACAAAAACCCGAUAAUAUCCACGGGCUAUGGAAAGAUACGUGGCAUCAGAAAGGAGCUCAACAACGAGAUCCUGGGCCCUGUGGAACAAUACUUGGGAGUACCCUACGCCACUGCGCCCAUUGGCGAACGGCGCUUUCAGCCCCCCGAGGCUCCCGGGUCCUGGCAGGAGAUCCGUAACGCCACCCAAUUUGCGCCCGUGUGUCCCCAAAAUGUUCACGGGGUGUUACCUGAGAUCAUGCUCCCUGUGUGGUUCACAGACAAUCUGGAUGCUGCAGCUACCUAUGUUCAGAACCAGAGCGAGGACUGCCUUUACCUCAACAUCUACGUACCAACAGAGGAUGGUCCACUCACGAAAAAACAGGACGAAUCGACAAUGAACAGACCAAGGGAUGAAGAUAUUCGAGAUCGACGUAAGAAGCCAGUGAUGUUGUUCAUCCACGGCGGCUCCUACAUGGAAGGCUCAGGGAACAUGUUUGAUGGCAGUGUCCUUGCGGCGUAUGGAAAUGUCAUCGUGGUCACCAUGAACUAUCGACUGGGCGUGCUUGGCUUUUUGAGCACAGGGGACCAGUCUGCCAAGGGGAACUACGGUUUGCUGGAUCAGAUCCAGGCGUUGCGUUGGCUCAAUGAAAAUAUCGGCCACUUUGGAGGAGACCCGGAGAGAAUCACCAUCUUUGGCUCGGGGGCCGGUGCUACCUGUGUGAACCUUCUUAUCCUCUCUCACCACUCUGAAGGUCUGUUUCAGAGGGCCAUUGCUCAGAGUGGUUCCGCUAUUUCCAGCUGGUCAGUCAACUACCGCCCGGUCAUGUACACCAAGAUUCUGGCUAAAAAGGUUGGUUGCACCCUGGGGGAUAUGGCCGAGUUGGUGGACUGCCUGAGGAGGAAGAGCUUCCGGGAGCUGGUGGACCAAGACAUACAGCCCGCGCGAUACCACAUUGCCUUUGGACCUGUUGUGGAUGGUGACGUGGUGCCUGAUGACCCGGAGAUUCUGAUGCAGCAGGGUGAGUUCCUGAACUAUGACAUAUUGCUGGGUGUCAAUCAAGGAGAAGGCCUGAAGUUUGUGGAUGACAGUGAAGGAGAAGAUGGAAUAUCCGCACCCUCGUUUGACUACACCAUCUCCAACUUUGUGGACAAUCUUUAUGGAUAUCCUGAUGGUAAAGAUAUUCUGAGGGAAACCAUAAAGUUCAUGUAUACAGACUGGGCUGACCGGGACAACAGUGACAUGCGGAGGAAGACCCUCUUGGCUCUCUUCACAGACCACCAGUGGGUGGCUCCAGCCGUAGCCACCGCCAAGCUGCAUGCUGAGUUCCAGUCGCCUGUCUUCUUCUACACUUUCCACCACCACUGUCAGACGGAGGCAAGGCCUGAAUGGGCCGACGCAGCCCACGGAGAUGAGAUCCCCUAUGUGUUUGGCAUUCCCAUGGUUGGAGCCACUGAUUUAUUCCCAUGUAACUUCUCAAAGAAUGAUGUGAUGCUCAGUGCUGUGGUCAUGACGUACUGGACCAACUUUGCCAAGACGGGUGAUCCGAACCUACCAGUUCCCCAGGACACCACGUUCAUCCACACCAAGCCGAACCGUUUUGAAGAAGUCAUCUGGACCAAGUUCAGCUCCAAAGACAAGCAGUAUUUACAUAUCGGCCUCAAGCCGCGCGUCAGAGACAACUACCGGGCCAACAAGGUAGCCUUCUGGCUGGAGUUGGUGCCGCACCUCCACAGCCUCCACAAGCAAAUAAUCAGCUCCAUCACCACCCGACUGCCACCCAGGGGGAACAACCACGGUAAGGUCAACCACAACACGGGUACCCACUCCACAAGGCACCCGGUAAUCUCCACCUAUCCACCUGAGCCGGACGGCUCCGAGAGGCCCCGAAACACUCCCUUCCCUCCGGAGACGAGGGAUUACUCCACGGAGCUAAGUGUGACGGUGGCUGUGGGCGCUUCUCUCCUUUUCCUCAACGUGUUGGCCUUUGCUGCACUGUACUACAAACGAGACAAGCGGCACGAACUCAUGCAGAGGCGUCACCGCCGCCUGUCCCCCCAGCGCGGCGCCACCAUGGGCAUGGGCGUCGGCCUCGGAGUCGUGGGGUCCCCGCCGCACAACGACCUGGCCCUGAGCCAGGAAGAAGAGCUGAUGUCACUGCAGAUGAAGCAGCAAAGAGUGGAGCUGGAGCACGGCACGCCCCUCCCUUCCCGUGGCAUCCAUGGUGACCUGGAACCCUUGCGGCCCCCGGUCUGCCCGCCUGACUACACGCUGGCGCUGCGGCGGGCACCGGAGGAUGUGCCGCUCAUGACGGCCAACACCAUCACCAUGAUCCCCAGCACCAUCAGCAGUAUGCAGCCCCUCCACCCUUUCAACACGUACCCUCCCGUGCCUGCCCCGUCCACCACACCCGUCCCCAGCCACAGCAACAAUGCCUUGCCACACCAACACUCCACCACUCGCGUAUAGGACCCGGCACAACCUCUGCGGCCCCUUUGUAGGCGCACCCCAUACAUUGCCCGCCACCCUCAUCAUGCUCUACACUUCUUUACUAGGUGUUUUUCAUGAAGCCCUUGAAUAAAGCUGCAGUUUGUAAGAUUUUAAGCAGUGACAAAUACCUCGAUAAAGUAGUCGUAGUCACAGUCACGGUUGGGUCGACUGUGAUUGCUGAGAGACAACCAAUGGCAAAUAACGUUGUGCAUUAAAAUCUUAUUCUUCCGCUUGCUUUACUCACUAGCCCCGGCCAUCAGCACUCCAGGACUCAAAAGUGUUCGGCUGAUUAUUUCUUUAGCCUAAAUUUAGUGUUCCGAGUCCCGUUUUCUUUUUUUUUCGAAAAUUUAAGGUAAACUAAGGACACCAAAAGACAUGAUGCCGUGGCAUUGCUUUUAAGCGCUUAGUAGGCUACUAAUCAGAUUGCUCUGAUGUCAACCCCGCGCCACUCGCUGCCUAUCGGGGACAUUUUUUCAUGAGCAUUAUCAUUAUGUGCGGUGAUAUCUCAACUAGAUACAGGCCUCGAUUCAUUUCUCUCAUGUCAACUCAGCAUUCACAUGGAAUUUAUGAGCGCAGUCUUUGUAUUCUCCUGCUAAUUUCAAACAUAGCUAAUAGCACAGCCAUUUGCCAUCACAUUCAUACGACACAAUAGAACGUUAGUUUUAUUUUCUUUCAGCUCAAAAAUGAAAUAUGCAGAAAUGUGAGGUGGAUGAAAUCGGUGCAAGGUUCAAGCACUUACUAAAUAUUUAAUCAGAUCACUCUGAUAUCAUCACUAGAUUCAGAUUCAAGAGUUUUUAUUCUACUAUAUUUUAUUCUACACUAUGCUGCUCACAGCGCCUGACGGUCAUAGUGAACGGUAUUUGGGGAUCGCUAUGAUUGGGAGUGAUGUCUUUUACCAGUCUCAUAGUCCUCGAUUCAUUGCAUUCUUAGUGAAUUCAGCUCUGCAUUUACGUUGCAUAUUGUAACUUCUUGUUUUUCGUUCUACUAUGCUGAAAAAAAUUAAUCAUGGUAAUAGCGUAGCCAUUUGCCAAUGCACAAUUUAACCAAAAACACCAACAUGAGGGUCAAUGAAAGAUUAUUUUACCCAAUAUUAGACAGGAUGGGUUAACUACUUCAAUGUAUUGUCUUAAUUUGCCGGGUGACAGCAUUUCUCUGCAAUGACAUGCAAUUUCUUUGCACAUUUUUAGUUGCUGAAGUCUUCAUGGGUUUAUCAUAGGUCAAAAGAAUUUCUUCACUGAUGAAGUGCAAAACGCAUGAGCUUUGCCAGAGACAGUAUAUGCCCAAACACUCUGUCUGUCACGAGCCAGUGGUUUCUUGAAAUUUACAAAUUGCAGCUUUAAGGCCCAAUCUGGAAGUGAGACUUGGUGACGUGGGUUCAACUAGAUGCUCCAACAGCUGCUACUGUGUUUUAUGGGAAAUAUUUGACGGGGCUGAGACAAGAAUUUUUGAAAAAAAUGGCAUUGGGGUUAAAAUGGAAUUUUCUGUCUCAGUCUUGGAUAUGUCAUUUUGAUAUUUCCAGAUUGGGGCUUUAACUUUUGGGUAGUACAAGGAAGUAAACAUAAUCAGUCUGUGGGUUGUAACCUGGAAUUCAGGCUGCCCAUUAUAGUCAUUACAUCUCGUCCACAAUGGCUCUGCUCAUGUUCACUUGUUUAUUUGUUUCUCUUUAAUUAUGUGUGUCUCUGACCCCCCCCCCCCCACACACACACACACACGACACACACACGCACACACACGCACACACACAAGCCUCCAACCCAUUUCACUCUUUCCAUUUCUUUGCUGCCUCAUCGCAUCCGCCCCCUCUUUCAUUUCAUUAAUCCAUUAACAUAAUGGCUCUUUCCUUUUUCAUGCAAUUCCAUCAAGACUCGGUUUCCCUUUUGGAGUCUUUUAUACAAAAAAAAACGCAAAUGUAAAUGAUGUAUUAUUGAUAAAUUGUAAGGACAUGAAUGGGGGGGAAAGAUAUUCUGAUAUCUCAUUUUUACCAGCAUUCUUGGUGCCAAGUACUGUGAUAAAGUUCCUCUCUCGCUGGCAUCCAAUGGACUGCCCGGAGAGGUCCACGCUGACUGUAUCUUAACUGAAGGAAUUACCAUCAUAAAAGUGCCAACCUUUUCAUUUUUGUUUUUGACAAACACACACACAACUGAUCCACUGUGGCUGGUCUCUUCUUUUAAAAGAUGAAAAAAAAGUAUUUUAAAAUUCAGUAUAUCCUAAUUUAAGAAAAGAAGAUGGAGUUUGCUUAACUACAUUGCAUGAUGUUUCUCCUUGAGAUUGUGGACCGGAACAUUAUUUUUUUUUUUUUUAAUGAGUUUGGCUACAUGACUUCAUAGAUAUUUUUUUUAAAACAAUUUUCUUCUUUCAAAAUCAGCUGCACUUUGUGGUACUUUGAAAAAUAUUAAAAUGUUAAGAGAUGAAUAUUGUUAAAAUUAUAACAGAGUAAAUAAUUCCUCUUAUUUUUUUUUCAAAUCCUAAAACAGAGGCUGUGCCCCAUUCCCACAACGACUUAUCCCUCAAGCCUCUUUUUGUUUAUUUUGCACUUUCUCUUAUCUUUUGCCAACAGUAAUGUUUGCACAGUCACCAUCUCUGAAUGACAUGUGAAGAAAACACUUUAUGUUCCAGGAAAUAAAAAAAAGAAACUUGACAUGGUCUACAUUAGAUUUGUGGAUGUGACCAACAUUAGCCACAUGCUUUGCGUGUUUGAAAACUGCCUGACACCUAUCUUCUUACCUCCUUUGUUGCUUUCCUCAACCAAGCGGGAGAAUGAGAUCUAUUUAUGAUGGUGAGAACCUUGCAAAGUGCAUUUUACAUCACUUGCAGACCUGAAUAUGGACAGUUCUGAAGAAAACCCAUUGACAUUGAAACUGGACUGAAUUGUGAUUCAGUGAUGUGAUGGUGAAUUAGCUUGUCACCGCAAUCAAUGCACAGAGGGUGUGUUUUUAAAAAGCUGGUUUAAAAAAAACUUUAAUGUUAGGCAUUACUCAUAGUACAAAAUCAACGGGAAUGGGAUUCUCUCACUGUAAAUGUUCUGCAUCCUGUGAGCUGAAGAUAACACAUGGGAGCCCAGGACUGCCAUUCCUUACAGGACUUGAGAGGACAAAAAAAAAAGAAAAAAAAAGAAAGAUACAAAAACCAACAUACGGACAAAACUGUACAUUUUUUAAAUGUAAGAGGACAAACUGGGAUUUGUAAAUAUUAUUUGUUGUUUGGUUUUGAUUGACUGGCCGAACUUUCUGUUUGUGACAACAGGUGCAAAGUUUAGAUGAUUUACUUCAUUUUAGCUCUUGUGUAUGUUUAAUUUGUCUUUUCUUCUAGAGCUCCUGAGCAAAUUCCCUAAGGUUAUGGGCACACGAGUAGCCUGCCUUUAAAGCAAAAAAAGGAAAGAAAAGAAAAUUGACAAAAGUUCAGGUCAGUAUCAACAUGAGAAGGAGCUCAGGUAAGCUUUCAUACUGUAGUAAUCAAACUGCGUAUGACGGUUCAAGGAAUUACAUCGAAUUAUCCCAUCAGUUGUGAAGACGGCUUUUGAAUCAAAGAACUCCUUUCAUUGGUUGGGAAGCCAAAGAACAGAUGACGGAAAUGAGUCAGAAAAGAAGAGAUAAGGCGGAUAUUUGAAAUGUCCUCCAAACAAACCAUGGCAUAUUAUCUGUGAUGCUGUUGGGUUUAAUUGUUAGUGUUUCACAUUGUCUUGAAUUGUCAUACGGUAUAACCUGUCAUUAGAAGGUUGUAAAAUGUGUGAUGCCCUUUCAGGAUCUUUCCAUAGUGAUUGGUUUGCUUAUCUUUUGCAAUUUUGUCUGCACAAUGUUUAUAGGUUGGUUCAAAAGAUCCUCAUAAGUUUGUCAGGAGUUUGUUUGUAUUGGCCGCUCUUUUAAAGUGACAUAAGGGAAGGAUGUACAAGGUCAACGGGAAAUGGAAGCACACUCACCAAGUUUACAUAUUUACACAGUUUCGAUGUUGGCAUUUGGUAGUGAGAAGGUGGGGAGCGUUAAAAAUGUGGCAAUUUAUUUCUAGUAGUUCAACAUUUGUUGCUAGACUGGUAAAAAAAAAAAAAAAAAAAGAAGAAGAAAGCUUGCACCUGUUUGUCUUGUUUAUUUAGUCUGAUUCAGUAACAUUGCUUGAAGCUCCAGAUACUGUGAGAGAGCAUCAUGACCACACAGGGGUUGAAAUAAUUAAAGUUAAUAUUUCUAUUUCAAAUAGAGGCUAUUACACACUGUAUGUUGUGUAUCUGAACUGGAAAACAUUAAAAACGAACAUUGUUAAACAA